UACCAAUCAAGUAGACAAUUAACUUAUCACACCAUACAAGUGUCAUCAAAACGGACGUGAGCAUCCCUAUCGGUUGCGUGAUAGAGUAAACAGUGCAAUUGAAUCAUCUAAAACUUAUUAUUACCUGUUUAUAUAAUGUCUUUGCCUGGUUGCAGCGGAAAACCUCGAAGUGAGUCGAGUCCAACAGAGCUUGCACAUGCAGGAGAAAUGUCGUCGUUCCAGAAAAAGAUUGACCAAACGUCAGAUGUUUUAGGAAAACUUGACUUAAAGUCUUCCUAUAAAAAUGGUGAAAUAAAUUCAGACACAAGUAAGUCAGCAGAUGUAAGAACAGACUCCCAACCAACACUUACAAGACGAAGAAAAACAAGAUCUUUAUAUGGUGUGAGUCCAAACUGUAAAUUUGGUCCUAAAGCCUUGUUGGAAGAGGAUGAAUUCUUUCUGAAAAUUCCAGACCCAGGAAGUCAAAAAUUGUCAUGGAGAAAACCACCCUUAACAGUUCUAAUUGUUCGUAAACUUUAUGAUGCAGAAAUAAAUUAUACUUUUAAAGAUAUAGUUACAUGGUUAAUUGAGGAAAAACGAAUGUUAGUUUAUGCUGAUAGUGAAGCCAUUAAUGAUACUUGUAACCAUACUGAUCCAGAAUUCCAGAAAAUAAAAAAUAAUCUUAUUGUAUUCAAUAAACAUGACGAUGAUUUAACAUGUAAAAUAGAUUUGAUUAUAUGUUUAGGUGGUGAUGGUACAUUAAUACAUGCUUCAUCAUUAUUCCAGCAAAGUGUUCCUCCUAUAAUGGCCUUUAAUAUGGGCUCUCUUGGUUUUCUUACACCAUUCCAAUUUAUUGAUUUUAAAGAAGAAAUUGUUAGAGUUUUAUCAGGUGGUGCUUCUCUAUUAUUAAGAUAUAGAUUAAAAUGUGUUAUUUGUAAUCAAAACUCUGAAGUAAACAGAAUACGUCAUGUUAAAAAUAUAGAUAAAGAAAAUGUAACAAAUGAUGAAAAUGGUCAUAAUAAACAUAUACUGGUUUUAAAUGAAAUUGUGAUAGAUAGAGGACCAUCGCCAUAUUUAUGUAAUGUAGAUUUGUAUAUAGAAGGAAGAUUAGUAACCACUGUACAAGGAGAUGGUUUGAUAAUAUCAACACCUACUGGUAGUACAGCGUAUGCUGUAGCUGCUGGUGCUUCCAUGAUACAUCCUAAUGUACCUUGUAUAUUAAUAACACCAAUAUGUCCUCAUUCCUUAUCAUUUCGACCAAUUGUAAUACCUGCUGGUGUAGAAAUCAAGUUAAUGUUAUCACCAGAAGCCAGAAGUACAACAUGGGUAUCAUUUGAUGGUAGAAGUAGACAUGAAAUCAAACAUGGUGAUAGUGUUCGAAUAACAACAGCAACAUACCCUAUACCUUCUAUCUGUGCCAAGGAUCAGAUUAAUGACUGGUUCGAUGGUUUAGCUGAUUGUUUAAAUUGGAAUGUUAGAAAACAACAAAAAAGUCUUUCGUCUCUAUCAACAACUCCUAGUUUAAGUAGUCUGCUAUCCGAAGGCGAUAUAAAUACUUAAUGUUGGGUUAUAGACAUAAUAUUCUGGUGACUACCAUGACCUCAUCUACAUCUUCAGGGACUUUCAUGGUAAAUGCCUUAAUUUUUUUUCGAAAGUUUUAUAAUACCUGUUAUUUUGUAAUAUUAUUGGUGUUUUAUAAUGGCCAUUAUGUCAAAAACCUUUCAAGUAUUGUUGAGAUAGACGUGUAGUAAUUAUAAGAAAUUAUGAAUGGGACCAGUCAUGAAAAUAUGUACUGUUAACAACUAGAUAUUAAAAGGAAAUCUUUUGGGCUGUGUAUCUUCAAAUGUAGUUUAGAUUGUAUAUAGUAUUGAUAUUGAUAAUAUUCCAGUAGUCUUACUGUACUGAUGUCUAUUAUCACUGCUUCAUUUGAUCUCAAAACUUUGUGAAAACAAAGAUUAAUUACCUG